AUGAAGGGACAUCCACGGCCAGCACUCCGACCUGCUGCGCCUGUUCGAGAGCGGCGGCUUCCCCAGGCGAACUACCUCUUCCUCGGGGAUUACGUAGACCGCGGGAGGAACUCCGUGGAGACCAUCUGCCUCAUGUUCGCCUAUAAGAUCAAAUACCCGGAGAACCUCUUCGUCCUGAGGGGGAACCACGAGUGCGCGAGUAUCAGCCGCGUCGAUGGAUUCUAUGACGAAUGCGGUUUCCCGUCAUACGAUGAAACUCCGAAGGAAAUUUCCAGGCAAGCGCCGCUACAACGUGAAGACAUGGAAGACCUUCAUCGACUGCUUCAACUCCCUGCCAGUGGCGGCGCUGGCGGAGUAGAAGCUCCUGUGCACGCACAGCCGGGAGCUGGAGCAGCUGGACCAGAUCCGGAGGGUCCAGCGGUCCACGGACGUCCCGGACCGGGGCCUGCUCUGCGACCUCCUCUGGGCCGACCCCGACAAGGCUAUUUUUUCUUCCUCAUCCCUUCCUUUGGGGACUACCGAGGUCUCAAGAAGCAGCAGUAUAUUAAGAGGUAA